AUGGAACAACGCCGGCGACCCGAGUACAACCUCGAAAUCUUCGCAGACCUGGCCUGUGUCAAGGAUGUGGUGAAGGCGAUAUUGCACACUAUUUUCUUCCACCGCUACUUCACCUCCAUAUCGCCUGUCACUCGUGAUCUCCUCGACCUUACUCUCCCCGCCAUCGACGAUGUGGACCUAGAAACUCUGAUCGACCAGAGGACUGUAGCUUUGGUGCGAGCAAUAGACAGUGCACAUCAGCAACGUGGGAGAGGCCAACUUGUAGUGCAGUUCUUCGAGAAGAAGCGGAGAAAGACAUACUUCUUUGGCAAAGCAGACGAGGAUGUUUGCUGGGAGCAGUGGACGUUAGACGUCACCCUCGCCCAGCCACGGACGGAAGCUGAUGUUAUUAAAGUCCGCCGUGCCAUGACCAAGUCGCUUGAAAAGGCUGCCCACAAGAUCAUCGGCAUUGUAAACCGCGACAAAGACCACAUUCCGCCAAUCACGACUACUGAUGCCAACCCUUUCCCAUACCACAUUGUUGUCAACCCUAAAUCUGCAUCAGAGAACGACUGGCGACCACGCAUUGGGUUAUUCUAA